AGUUUGGUCGCGAGACUCGUAGCGAGCGGUCGGCUACGGCGUAGCGUCGUAGCACUGCUACGAAAGUCUUGCUACGGCUUCUUUCGAAUAGUUUUUUUUUAUUGUGACUCGUAAUUUGUAGCAUCGGGUUUUUUAACUUUUAUUUUUGGUUUUGGCUGCGGUCGGAUAUUUUAUGGUUGUUUAGAUGCAGCCGGAUGAGAAUUUGGGAAAAUGAAGCUAUCGACUUUGGUGGUGCUGCUUCAGUUGUCUGUGCAUACUGUGGACGUCGGAUAUGCCAUAAACCCAAGUUGCACAUGCAUCCGUUUCACGUCAACGUACGGCAAGGAGCGCGGCACGUUCAGCAGCCCCGACUACCCGCGCGCGCCCCCGCGCCGCGCCUGCCUGCUCUACACCUUCCUCGCCGCCCCGCACCAGAUCGUCGAGAUCGUCUUCACGGACUUCGACGUUUAUAAAGGACAAUUGGACUGCAGCCGAGGCGACUACAUCAAAGUCUACUCGGAAGGGUCCACCAGUGGACCGGGUCCCCCCGGCGUCAACGAGUACUCGAGCUGGUCUCAGCUCCUCUGUGGGAGCCGCAUGGAUAAUCCUCCGCCGAUCUACUCUCACGGACCCAUGCUAGUCCUGGAGUUUCACACGGGAGGGAAAGAGACCAAUGCUACCGGCUUCGUUGGGACUUACAAGUUUAUUGAUAGACGUCUAUUCGAGACGGACGGCGUCCCCGUCCCGGACACGUGGUGCGACUACUCGUUCAGCUCGGCCCCCACCCGAGGACACGGUCGCCUCUACUCCCCGCGCUACCCCUCCACGUAUCCCAGCAAUGUGCGGUGCACUUACCACUUUCAUGCCAGACAAAAUGAAAGGAUAAAAUUGUUAUUUCAAGAAUCAUUUCUACAGAAAGGCGAUGAAAGUUGCCUCAACCGAGCGGACAUUAUAAAAGUGUUCGACGGAAGAGUUUCCACGGCGCCCGUUCUAGCGAUGCUCUGCAAUGAAAUUGUUGGAUACGAGAUCCUGUCAACGGGUGCAGACAUGUUGGUGCAGUUCACAGCCAACUCCAAGACCCCGGGACAGGGGUUCAAGGCGAGCUACCAGUUCCAGCCCAUCGACAACACUAGCACAGAAGCAGAUGGUGUGAGAAAGGCCAGCGCUCCAGACGCGUUAUCAUCGGGACUCGGCCCUGCAGUCAGUGCUGCUACCUCCUCGUGCCAUCAGCAGUUCAGCAGCGACGACGGUCGAGCAGGGCGCCUGGUCUCGCCUCAGUACCCGGCCCCGUAUCCUCAGAACUCGCACUGUCACUACAGCUUCACCGGCCGAGGCAGGCUGCGCGUGCGGUUGGUGUUUGAAGACUUCCAUCUGCCUAUUUUCGGUGAACAUGUUGUUGAUUGCGAGAGUAUGGACUCCCUAGACAUAUUUCUGUACGUAGACGGAAGACAGGAGAAGAUGGCAUCUUACUGCGGCGACGAGACUCCGAAGCCAAUCAUGUCCAACGGACCAAAACUAUCGAUAGAAUUCCGGGGAAUCUAUUCCUCUAGAACCAGUAGGGGAUUCAAAAUAUCCUAUUCUUUUGUUGAAGACUACGCGAUAGCGUCCGGGAAGCAGCUGCUAGAGUUCCCUUGCGCUUUCGUCUUCAACAGUUCUGAGGACCGGACCGGGAUCGUGACGUCACCAAACUAUCCCGGGCUGUACCCGCGGGACACCGAGUGCAAUUACUUCUUCUACGGGGAUAAGAAUGAGCGGGUUCACUUGCACUUCAACUACUUUGAUGUGGAGGGCGUUGUGCCGUGCGAAGCGGUCUCAGCCAGCGACUACCUGCAAAUAUCCAGUCAAAUGAUCGACUCAGAAAGCCGAAGAUAUUGCGGGCAGAUCAAAGACCUACGGGCGACGUCAUUGAACAACUUCCUGAGAAUCACAUUCAGGUCGAAUGACCGGUUGGAUAGCGUCGGGUUCAGCUGCAAUUAUAUAUUUCUGAGAGACUCGGAGAUGUAUAAUGCGUCGAUUAUAGAAGCUAGUUUCAACAGAGAUUCAUCGCUGCGUUUUUCCGCGCAGAUUUGGUGGCUGGGACUUUCAAUAGCAAUUAUUAACGAAUUAAUACUUAGAUAGUAGUGUGAACAAUACGAAGUAGGUAAA